AUGAAGAAUCGUCAGCAAGAGUUACCAGAGGAUUUCUACAUCCCUAUCCCACUGGACACCAAUAACAUCACAGCCCUCAGUCCCUUCCUGGUCCCACAGGACCACCUGGGAGGGACAGGAAUUUUCAUGGGCAUGGCGGUCUUCAUGUUCUUCCUGUUUGUCGGUGGAACCUCCAUCAAUGCCCUCACCAUCGUCUGCACCAUCCAAUACAAGAAGCUUCGAUCACACCUCAACUAUAUUCUUGUAAACCUGGCUAUAUCCAACCUGCUGGUGUCCACUGUUGGCUCUUUCACUGCCUUUGUCUCCUUUCUCAACCGCUACUUCGUGUUCGGACCCACAGCAUGUAAAAUCGAGGGAUUUGUUGCGACCUUAGGAGGUAUGGUCAGCUUGUGGUCUCUCUCUGUGGUGGCCUUCGAGAGGUGGCUGGUCAUUUGUAAACCUGUGGGGAACUUUUCCUUUAAGGGAACUCAUGCCAUCAUUGGUUGUGCAAUCACCUGGUUCUUUUCUCUGCUCGCCUCAGCACCACCGCUGUUUGGAUGGAGCAGGUACAUUCCUGAGGGUCUGCAGUGCUCCUGUGGUCCAGACUGGUACACAACUGACAACAAAUACAACAAUGAGUCAUAUGUCAUGUUCCUCUUCUGUUUCUGCUUUGGUUUCCCCUUCAUUGUCAUCCUCUUCUGCUACUCCCAGCUGCUCUUUACACUUAAAUCAGCAGCCAAAGCACAGGCUGACUCGGCCUCCACACAGAAAGCUGAGAGAGAGGUGACGAAAAUGGUGGUGGUGAUGGUUUUGGGUUUUCUGGUUUGCUGGCUGCCAUACGCCUCCUUCGCCCUGUGGGUGGUGUUCAACCGUGGCCAGACAUUUGACCUGCGGAUGGGCACCAUACCGUCCUGCUUUUCAAAAUCUUCUACGGUCUACAACCCCAUCAUUUACGUCUUCAUGAACAAACAGUUCCGCUCCUGCAUGAUGAAGAUGAUUUUCUGUGGUAAGAAUCCGUUUGGAGAUGAUGAAGAUGCCUCCACUUCAUCUCAGGUGACCCAGGUGUCUUCUGUAGGACCAGAGAAAUAAA